CGUUCCUCUGUGUGGGUGGUGCGGCUGCAGGUAUGUGUGCGGGUCCCGCGUUCCUCUGUGUGGGUGGUGCGGCUGCAGGUAUGUGUGCGGGUCCCGCGUUCCUCUGUGUGGGUGGUGCGGCUGCAGGUAUGUGUGCGGGUCCCGCGUUCCUCUGUGUGGGUGGUGCGGCUGCAGGUAUGUGUGCGGGUCCCGCGUUUCUCUGUGUGGGUGGUGCGGCUGCAGGUAUGUGUGCGGGUCCCGCGUGCCUCUGUGUGGGUGGUGCGGCUGCAGGUAUAUGUGCAGUUCCCGCGUUCCUCUGUGUGGGUGGUGCGGCUGCAGGUAUGUGUGCGGGUCCCGCGUUCCUCUGUGUGGGUGGUGCGGCUGCAGGUAUGUGUGCGGGUCCCGCGUUCCUCUGUGUGGGUGGUGCGGCUGCAGGUAUGUGUGCGGGUCCCGCGUUCCUCUGUGUGGGUGGUGCGGCUGCAGGUAUGUGUGCGGGUCCCGUGUUCCUCUGUGGGGGUGGUGCGGCUGCAGGUAUGUGUGCGGUUCCCCCG